AUGCACGCGGGAUUCCUGGGGUUCUCCGCCCUGCUGCUGGCGGCCGAGCAAAGCGCGCGUAUCUGCACCAUGGUGUAUUAUUUCAUCACUGGACAGCUUCUUUGGGGGUGGCUGGCCUUCUCUGUCCUGCUGCCAGGGUUCUUGGUCCAGGGCCUGAGUUAUGUAUGGUUUCGAGCAGAUGGACAUCAAGGUCAUUGCUGUUUGGUGAUUCUGCACUUCCUACAGCUUGGUGUUUGGAAACGGCACUGGGACGCUGUGUUAGCUGCACUGUCUAAGGAGUGGGAUGCCCCCCGCCUGGGCCAGCUGCUGCUGCAGGAGGCUGACCUGUCGGCCCUCCGGCUCUUGGAAGCCCUGCUUCAGACCGGACCCCACCUGCUGCUUCAAACACAUGCUUUUCUUGCCUCUGACUUCACAGAUGUUGUGCCAGGGGUGAGUGCCUUGUUUUCCUGGUCCUCGCUGUCCUGGGCUCUGGUGUCAUAUGCUCGUUUCAUGGGCUUCAUGAAGCCGGGUCACCUCUCUAUGCCAUGGGCUGCCCUCUUCUGCCAACAACUCUGGAGAAUGGGCAUGUUGGGAACUCGCAUUCUGAGUCUGGUUCUGUUUUACAGAGCUUACCAUGUUUGGGUUUUGGUAGUUGGAGGUGCCCACUGGUUAGUGAUGACGUUCUGGCUUGUGGCACAGCAGAGUGACAUCAUCGACAGUACCUGCCACUGGAGACUGUUCAACCUACUCGUCGGGGCUGUGUACAUCUUCUGCUACCUUAACUUCUGGGACAGCCCUUCCAGAAAUAGGAUGGUCACGUUCUAUAUGAUAAUGUUGAUGGAGAACAUCAUCCUUUUGCUGUUGGCCACUUAUUUCCUCCAGGAGGCAUCAUGGAGCAGCCUGUGGAUGAUAGCAGGUGUCAUGUCUGGAUUUCUGAUUGGCAGUGUCUCCCUGGUAAUUUAUUACAGCCUGCUACAUCCAAAGUCCACAGACAUCUGGCAGGGCUUCAUAAGGAAGUCCUGUGGCAUUGCAGGUGGUGAUAAAACAGAGAGUGAAUCUUCUCUCAGGGCUGCAGCCCCAGCUGGGGAGAGGUUGGAGAGCCCAGACUUGUGCCAGGGGGAAGGCUCUGAGUUGACAUGCCUGGGGACAUCCCCCAGCCUACAGUGGGGCCCUUCAGAAGCUGGUCUGGGAAGUCAGGUUGUUGAAGAGGACUCUUCCCUAGGACACCACCACUGGCUGUUGGUGAAACUUGCCUUAAAAACUGGAAAUGUGUCAAAGAUCAAUGCAGCUUUUGGAGGUGACAGUACUGGCUGUUUUUACCCCACUGCAUGGCAAUUGAGUCAACACUAUACUCAACAAAGAAAGCCUUUCUUUUGCCAGCAAGAGUUCCCAUCAUCACUGCAGGAAACCCAAACCUCAGAGAAAGUCUUUGAGGUUGAACAUGUCCCCAAAGCGGAGGCUGAGCCUUUGGAAACCUCAAGUUACAUCUCUUUUGCCAGUGAUAAUCAGAAUAGUGCACCUACCCAAAACUUGUCAACUACACAGGAAGGAGCUGUGGUUUUGCUGUGUGAAGCCAUAGCCCCUGGAGCCCAGGGAAGGUGUAUGAGUGGGCAGUCAAGAGGAGGGGAGGGACAGGAGGGCUCCACACUAUACUUCAGCGCCAUCAUAGAAGGGCCCACAUCCUUACACCAAGAAGGCAAGGUGUCUCCACCGAUGUCCCACUCUGGAAGGUGGUUGGGGAAAAGCAACCCUGCCCAGCCUGCCUCACCAUAUCCAGUGGCUAAACCCUUUCCUGCUACUAUGGCUAAUAUUAGCCCCAUCUUGGGCACAGGCAAAAGCUUCUGCCCCAGUACAGGCUUCCCUGGAGAGACCCCAGGUAGCUCAGAGUGUGGGGAGCAGCAGGAACUCUCGAAGGACCUACAUCAUGUUGCAGUAGGCAUGGGAAUGUCAUUACCAAAGACUGGACUAAAGCCAGGGGAUAAGCCCUGUCUCACAUCGACCCCUAAGUCUGAAUCCAUCCAAAGGGACUGUAGCUGGCAGGAAAGACAGAAGCAGGAGAGUUUUUUCAUCUGA